AUGAAUGAUGCAUUUCGUAUUGUCAGUGUAUCAAACAAAUCAAGGGAAAAUAUUACGUUAAAAAAAAGUGAUGUAAAUGUUGUACAACUAAAUCGUGAACAUUUUUUAGACCAAAAUAUGAAAAGAGAUAAUAUUUUACAACAGAAUAGACAUGUUCCACGGUUAACUGAUAAGGAAAUUGAACAGAUAAAACAUGUAUUUGAAAAUACACCUAUUGUCAUACAAAAAUACAAGCUGAUAUUCUUUUGGAAUGAAAAGUCUGGCUGCACAUACUGGAAAAGUCUGUUUCAUUUUAUACAAGGAUUGAAAAUUGAAAAUGUUCACAUUAGUCAUCAUCUAUCGUAUCUCAUACAAUUUAAUGACAAAGAAGUAACAGAGAUGAUGUUUGAUAAUUCUUGGACAAAAGCAGUGUUUGUGAGAGAGCCAAGAGAGCGAAUAUUGUCAUGUUACUUAGAUAAAGGAUUUGAUAAGUAUUUUAUGGAGUAUUACUUUAAACGCAUGCCGAAGUCAUUUUUGGAUUUUUUAAAGCUGAUAAAACAAUUUAAAGGUUCCCACUGGGAGCCUCAGGUUAAAGUACCGAGGUUUCUAUAUAAGAAUAUGAUGAUUGGAAAAAUGUCUGACAUUUUUAACUUUACCGAACAGCUUCUUACAAAAAUUGGAGCAUGGAAUGAAACUGUUAAUGAUUGGAUGAAUUCAGAAAAGAUUAAAAAGAGAGCUAGGCUUCAUGCGACGAACGCUAAAGAUAAAUUGUAUCAAUAUUACAAGGAUACAAAAGUUCAAGAUAUAAUUUUUGAAAUGUAUGCUAAUGACUAUGAUGUGUUUAACUUCGAAAAGAAAUAUUUUGAUUUUAGCAUUAACUUCAGAAGCUUUAAAACAUUAAGGUAG